AUGGCUGUGAAAGAGAGGAGAAAAGUUGCGGAGCUUCUGGAAAUCGAAGCUGAAAUGCAGAAGCGAUGGAGUGACGCGAGGGUUUUCGAAGUGGACGCGUCCAGUGACAGAAAUGAACCAAAAUACACGGCCAAUCUACCAUAUCCGUACAUGAAUGGUCGACUUCAUUUGGGACACGCUUUUACCAUAUCGAAAUGCGAGGUAGGCCACUAG